AUGGAAUUGCAACAAAUAAGGGAAAAAAGGCGAAGGAACGUAGUAGUCAAUAUCAAUCCUGAUAUGUCCGUUACUGAAGGGACUAGGGUCAUGGGAACUGAAAACUACGAUCCGGUUAUAGAAUCCAUCAUCGACAAGUCGGAAGAGAGAAGACGAGCUGCUGAUGCUGCAAUCAAUUCAGCUGUUGACGCGCAUUGGGUUCCGAAAGGAUUUGUUCCUAAGUAUGACCAGAGUUGCGGAAAUCGUUUCCAAUCAAAUGCGAAUGAAUUUGCCGAUGUUGAUGCGUUGUGCAUGAUGAACGAGGAGCUAAGCAAGCUGGAGGUGGAAAGGCGUGGGUACACUAUAGCGCUUCCGCAGCCGUGCGCAUCGCUUGUUUCACAUGGAAUUGUCAACACCGUGACAAUGGCAGCGGAACGCAAUAAUUUCUUUGGUAUGGACGAAGACGAGGAGGCUUUGGCAAAGGGUCUCAUGGCAAAAACUCUUCUUACAACGAUCACUUAUCCGCUGUCAUGCGCCAAAACACUCAUUCAGUUGGGCCAUGAGCCUUUUCCGCUGUCUACCGGAAGAACUCUCAUUGUGGCAGGAAGAAAUGCAUAUUUUCUACCCAAUGUCUUUAGUUACGGUGAGUUUUGAGA